AUGGACUCCAUUGAGAAGGCAAUACAGGCCGUGCUACCACAGCUAGAUGAAGCAAAGCUUGAAACUUUAGUCAAUGAGUUGGUGAAAGUAGGUGUUGAAGGACCAGAUGAUCUACAGUUUAUUCAAGAAGAUGACAUCAAACAUCUGCUCACACCCAUUCAGUGCAGAAAAAUUAUUCAUUCCUUGAAAGUGUGUAAUGCAGGUCCUUCAAAUCCCCAGCUGAGCCCUUCAUCGUCUGAGCCACUGUCAGUUGCCUAUUCCAGCACAUGCCCCAUAUCAUCUAUAAGUCCCAUCUCUGCAUGGGUGAACAGUUUUGAGGUGCCAUGGAACAAAGUGAGGCUGACUCUUAGAAGAGCAGUAGAUGCUGGUGAGAGGCCAGCUCCGGAUGACCGCAGACACUUGAUAAAAGUCACUGUUGAUGCGAUGAGAGAGCGUUCCUUGAACCCUACUCGCAGAGAGUGUGUGGUAGUGGCUAAAGCUAUAACUCAAAAAUAUCCAAAUAGCUUUUUAGACAAAAAUGAAGAGGGGGAGCUAAUUGGAUGUGGGUAUUUCAGCAUUAUAAAUCAGCUCAAAACCAGAGUAGAAUAUUUGAAUCGAGGCAACCCUCUUUCCCGUCUGAGGAAGCACAAACGCACCCAGAGAGAUGAUGAGGAUGGUGAUGAUGACCAGCCAGCAGUAGCUACAUGUGCAAGAAUCGACAGUUAUGGGUGUGUUCGUUGGCAGCCAGCGGACUAUCCAGAUGGGGAAACAUCAGCAUCAUUAGAGGAAAAGAAGCUUGAGAUGAUUGAUAUAUUCAGCCGAGAGGGACUAAAGGGCGCUGAGAGAGGAAGGGUAGAAGACCUAAUGGCAAUCACUUAUGCCAAACAGCGGGAAUACAUCAACGCAAAGCCUUCCCCAAGCAUUCUGGAUGUGGGUAAAGAGUGGCCAUUUCUCUUUUCACAGAAGUUUUUAUUGUCACACUUCACCACUCUCACCAAUGUUGAACUAUACACAAGACUGAAUGAAGAUAUGGACAAAAAGGGUAAAAGACUCCUGGAUUUCUUCAGUAGUCAGAUUACAAAGUGGAGGAAAGAAGUAAGAGCUGUUCUGAAGGAAGCCAUAAAGAAGGACCGAGAAGGAUCUGAUGGCCUAGCAGCGAUGCUUGUGAUGUUGGCACACUUCAAAGAGCAAGAGGAGUCAAUUUUUCUCAUUGCUGAUGAGACUACCACUCCCGCAGACGCAGAGGCCCAGCUGUCUCUCCCAGUCACUCCAAGGAUCAUCAUGCUUGGAGAGACAAUCCUGACUGCAAAAAAAUGGAUGCUGUCGAUCGAGGGGAGGGUCGUAAUCCCACCUGGUGCUCACAUGGCAGACUUCACCACUGCCUUGGCCGCUCUCUUCGCCUGUUACUAUGUAUUCAACCUAGAGUAUCAGGUGGAAGCCAGCACAACACUGGAGUUUGUUCAGAGGUUUUUAGUCAGGAUUAAUCCUGACUCCAACAAGUGCACUGCCAAGGAGCAGAUGAGCAAGACGACUGGGAGAGUGGUGAAGCGGAAGACUUCAUACAUGAACCCCCAUGUAAUCUCCUUCAUCAGGGACUUCACGGAGUUCUAUUUGCUAACUGACUAGAUACAGGGCUCCAACUAGGAUUCUAGGUCUCCAAGGUCAGGGCAUGCAAGAGGCCAUAGUGGCAGGGGAAGUUUAUUUUCCUUUCUGUUUUAAAUGUUCAUGCAAAUGUUAAAUUUUUUUUUUUUUUUUUUAAAUGUUCAAUGUUUUAUUUUAUUUCAGUAUUGCCAUAGUGUUAUUUAUUACUCUUUAGAAUGUGGUAAUAAUCAGUUAUUUAAAAAGCUUCAAAGUAGUUAAAUAUUUUGACCGUGUUGUAUCAAUUUGUGUUAUUGUUCUGCCAUAGCAACCAGUCAUGUGGAACUAGUGAAUGAACUAGUAACAGUUUGCUCUGUAACUUUACAAAACUUGUAAUGAAAUAGCCUCGUUUUGUAAAAUUUUCUUAAGUCAGUAAUUAAAUUUAGCAACAGUAGAAUACGCAGAUAAUAGACUUCACGCCAUUAAAAAUUACAAACACAGAAUGUUCGUUAACUUUGGAUGGCAUAAUGGCAUGUUGUCCAGUGUCAAUUAUCCCUUUAUGUUGUACCUGUUUUGUCAUUCCUGUUCACCAAAUGUUUUUAAAUAAAUAACUGUUAACAAUUUUCUUAUUGUCUGCAGUUGAUUGCAGGGUUUAAGAAUAUGGGUGAUUCUUUUAAUGAUGGCUAAUAUUAAGUCACAGUGAUACAGUAUUUAAAUUGUACAGUGAGAAACUGAAUUUACAGUGAUUAACUGUUAUCUACUGCUUAUAGUACAGUAUUGCAUACAAUACAUAAAAACAGUGCUUAACUGUUUUUUGUAUGUAAAUACAACUAAAAUCACAGUGUUUCAUUGUUUUUUUUAUUUUACAGUGAAUACACAAAAUACUGUAAAUGGAAGUACAGUACCCUUACUGUAAAACGUAUUCACAGUAACUUACUGGCAACAAUUAGCCAGUAAGUUACUGUAAAUACAACUAAAAUCACAGUAUUUAAUUGUUUUUGAUUUCACAGUGUAUACAUAAAAUACUGUAAAUGGAAGUACAGUACCCUUACUGUAAAACAUAUUCACAGUAACUUACUGGCAACAAUUAGCCAGUAAGUUACUGUAAAUACAACUAAAAUCACAGUAUUUAAUUGUUUUUGAUUUCACAGUGUAUACAUAAAAUACUGUAAAUAGAAUUACAGUACCCUUACUGUAAAACGUGUUCACAGUAACUUACUGGCUAAUUGUUGCCAGUAAGUUACUGUAAAUUUUACGGUAAAUUUUUUA